AUGCCGAAUUACUGUGUCAAGUGUACAUGGCAACUGCCGGCGAUUCGUCGCAAUAGUCGUGGGCGGGAAACCUAUACAUUUCUAAGUGGAGAGUGCAGAGACAUCACGAUUAUCAACGAGUCGACAUCGAAAUCGAUGGGCAAACCACAGUUGCAGUCUCCGUCGCUUAUCGCUCAUAGCGCCUCAGGAGAUCGGAUCAUGCUCAUAGGACAGCGAAAUUGCUCGAUUCAAAAUGUGCUCGGAAGACGUUUCACGUCGGCCGUACUCAGCCAUAUCUACUAG